UUCGACGACUAAAACUAAUUCAGCAGGAAGUGCCGUUUAUCUUCGAAAUGCUUGCGAGGAAAACAUUUGUUCAACCACCUCAGCUACGACGCCAUCCCCAUCGGCUACGACGCCAUCUUCGAAAAACUCCGGGACCGCCCUUCGAGAAGAUUCCAUCGAUCAAGUCUUGCGCCCAAUCCACGACCUCCUCGUGGGAGAUCUACCGUAUCAAUCCUUUGAUGAUGAUCCGCAAGGUGGUAGUGAGGCGAAGGAAGAUUACCAUGGGAUCACCGCGUACCUGCGGGCAACCCUGUGUCGAUUUGCUAUUCGCCAGAACCGAAUCGAGAUUCUGAAGAGGUGCUGCGUGCGGCUGAGUAGUGAUUAUCUGUGGGAAAUCAUGAGGCUGGCCAUCACCUACCGGCGGCUUGAAUCGUUCAAGUUUGUUGUCCGGUGUGACUUAAGAGAUUCGGUGACCCAAGAUGCGAGAGCAAAGGCACUUGAGUUUGCUGCUUAUGAGAAUUGCUGUGAGAUGAUGGAAAUAGUUAUUAAGGAAGGCAGCGUCGACAUCGAAGGCACAUAUUACACUCAUCCACUGACGGCCGCGGUUAAGAAUGGUUCGCUAGAAGCUGUUCAGCUUCUAAUCAGAUCAGGAGCGCAGGUCAAUGUCCAGGAUAAGAAGUGGACCUCGAAGAAUCCAUAUCCCGGCUCGAAAACGCAUUCCACUCUCGUCCAUACGGCCGCGGGAGAGGGACGGGAUGGCAUCUUGAAAGAGCUAGUCAGCGCAGGAGCGCGACUCAGAGAAGCGGACUCGAACUACGACGCUAUUAGGAUUGGAAUGAAGUCGAAGAACUUGAAGCUUAUUACAUGCCUCUUGAGAGUCGGUGCUGUACUCCGAGUGAGGGAUAGCGAGCCACAAGACCUUCUUAAACUUGCGUUAUUCGAAGGCAGCGAGGAGUUGGCCGAACUGGCGCUCGCAUCAGGGGCCCAUGCUGGACCGGACAUCGUAAGGAUGGCUCUCAAGUUGCGUUACUUCGGCAUAAUCGAUGUUCUCCUAAAAGUCGGGGCUAUCGCCAAAGCAGGCAACGGCGGGCUAGAGAGUGUCCUUGGCAUUGCUGUGGAUGAGAACUGGCUAUGGAUAGCCAGGACUGCACUCAAAGCGGGCGCCGAUCCCGAAGCCAAGGAAGAUCGCUACUUUGGCAUGUACGUGACCGUCUUCAACCGGGCAUGUGCCCUGGGUCGAGAAGACCUCGUCCGUGUUUUCAUCGAAUACGGAGUGAACGUCAACGGAUCGAGACGAUCAAAAUCCGCAUCGGGCAGUGGCACACCCAUUUUUUACGCUGCCGGCUGUGGCCACGACAGCGUUGUAAAGCUCCUUCGGCAGCAUGGGGCCGUUGUGUAUGGAAAGCUCCCUAGGAAAGACUGGAUGGUUUCAAAAUAUGUGAAGGGAAAAAAGAUCCGAGCCCUAACGGCCCUGUUAAGGUCGAACCCCCAUAUCAACAUCAAUGAGCCCGACGGUUAUGGGUACAGUCCGCUGUUCAACGCCAUGCGCGGCUACUUGGGUUUAUUGGGUGGCUUCGGCACGUAUGGGGAGGCGGACGACCACUACCUCGAUAUUGUGGAGUUCCUGCUUUCGCGAGGCGCGAGGCUUAAUGCAACGGAUAGAGACUGGAGACAUCUGCUGGGGAAGAAUGUCGAAGAUGCCAUUCCAGAGCUACGCUCGCAUUUCGUAAGACCUGAGAAGCUGCCGGCUAUCGAAGAAAGUAGACUGAACCCACUUGUGUCAGUGUUACGAAGCAAGCAGGGCUGGUGGCUAUAGUCCAAGGUCCAAUUGACGGCAAUCGAGGUUUUGGCGUUAGGCUAGUUUUUCUUGCGAACAUAGUGAGGGCCUCUACAGCCUCGAUAAUCACCAGUUUGCUCGUACCGCUAUGCCGCUAUACCAAAUUCCCGGGGUCGCGGAGCCACAAAGGCGGGCUGAAAGAGCUAGAUUGUAUUGAAGUUGUAUAGAUGAGGUGGAGCCGCUGUCGGUAUCUCAGGCAAACAGGAGGU